GCAAAAGGCGAAUGGCGACCCGUCAAAAAAGCCAUGUUCGUAAAUACCCAGACUUUGUAGGGUAAAGUAGUAAAAUCGAAUAGGGUUUUACCCACCCAUAUUCCCUCCAUCGUCAUCGUCAGAGGAAGAAGAAGGACACUGAGCUGGUGAGGAAAGACAUGGUUUCUGAUAAUUCUCUCUCUUCUUCUAACAACAGCCGCUCUCCCGCUUCCAACUCCUUCACUACUCGAAUAUUUUCAGAUGUUGCAGGGGAUAUUACGAUCGUCGUUGAUGGAGAAUCCUUUCUGUUACACAAAUUUCCACUAGUGUCUCGCUGUGGAAAGAUUCGGAAAAUGGUUGCAGAUGCCAAAGAUUCUAAUAUAUCGAGAUUGGAGCUUCUAAACUUUCCAGGUGGACCCCAGACAUUUGAACUAGCAAUGAAAUUCUGUUAUAGCAUCAAUUUUGAGAUCACAGCUGCAAAUAUCGCCCACCUUCGCUGUGCUGCGGAAUACUUGGAAAUGACAGAAGACUACAGGGAAGAAAACUUGAUUGCACGAACUGAGGUCUAUUUGAAUGAGGUUGUAGCUCAGAGUCUUGAAAAGUCUGUGGAAGUUCUUUCAAGUUGUGAGCUGCUGCCUCCAAUAGCUGAAGAAGUGGGAAUUCCAAAGAGAUGUGUGGAGGCCAUCGCCGUUAAUGCUUGCAAGGAACAGUUGGUGUCAGGUCUAUCUCAGUUGGAUUGUGACAGUGAAUGUACAGCACUUAAGAGUGGUUGUCUUGAUUGGUGGGCUGAGGAUCUUUUAGUGCUAAGGAUUGAUUAUUAUCAUAGGGUUAUAUGUGCAAUGGGAAGAAUGGGUGUUCGACCAGAUAGCAUUAUAGUCUCUGUAAUGCAUUAUGCUCAGGCAUCACUGAAGGAUAUUGGGAAAUUUCAAGGUUGGAAUCCUGCAAAGAUGAAACCAGAUCCUGGCAUGGGAGAGAUUGAUCAGAGGACAAUUGUGGAAACUCUUGUAAGUCUCAUGCCGACUGAGAAAAGUUGUUCUACUCCACUCAGUUUCCUGUUUGGGAUGUUGAGAGCAGCAAUUAUGGUAGAUGCUAACAUUGCCUGCAGGCUUGAGCUGGAGAGGGCAAUUGCUCUUCGGUUGGAAAUGGUUUUGCUUGAUGAUCUACUUAUGCCAUCUCUCCGACCUGGUGAUUCAUUAUUUGACGUUGAUACUGUGCAUAGGAUACUGGUAAAUUUCUUGCAAAGGAUAGAAGAUGAAGAUGAUGAAGAUUGUGGGUAUGAAUCAGAAGGCCUUGGUUCUCCAGGACAUGGUUCUUUGUUGAAGGUUGGGCGGCUUGUAGAUGCAUACUUGGCAGAAAUUGCGCCUGAUCCUUGUUUGAGUUUGCAGAAGUUUAUUGCUAUGAUAGAAGUACUGCCCGACUAUGCUCGUGUGGUAGAUGAUGGACUAUAUAGAGCAGUUGAUAUAUAUUUAAAGGCCCAUCCAAUGCUCACUGAACACGAGUGCAAGAAACUCUGCAAGUUCAUAGACUGCCAAAAGCUCUCGCAAGAGGCUUGCAACCAUGCUGCACAGAAUGACCGACUGCCAGUACAGAUGACCGUGCGAGUUCUGCAUUGUGAGCAGCUACGGUUGAAGAAUGCCUUGUGUGGAAGCUCUGGAGAUGGAUUCAUGUCGCAGAGAAUUAGCAGUGGUGUGCCAAGUGCAGCUAUGUCACCUCGAGAUAAUUAUGCAUCUUUAAGGAGAGAGAACCGAGAACUUAAGCUUGAAAUUUCGAGGAUGAGAGUGAGACUGAGUGAGUUGGAGAAGGAACAGAUGGUAAUGAAGCAAGGAAUGAUAGAUAAGUCAGGAAAUGGGAAAACGUUUUUGACCUCCCUUUCUAGAGGUAUAGGAAGGAUUGGAAUAUUUAGCGGGCCCGGGGGUGGAAAACGACAAAAAUCUAGUCGAAAAUCUAGGGGAUCGGGAUUGGAAGGGAAACUUGGUAGGAGUCGAAGACAUUCUGUUUCUUAAGUGUUGGAAUUACUCAUUGUAUUUCAAACUAAACAUAACCUUUUGGAUCUUA